AUGGUAGUGGUGGUGGUGACGGUAGUGGCGACGGUGGUAGUGGUGGUGGUGGCGGCGGUAGUGGUGGUGGGUGAUGAUAUUGGUGAAGGCAACGAUAGUGGUGGUUGUGGUGGUAGAGGUGGCGGCGAUGGUGGUAAUAGUGGUGGCAGAGCGAUGGUAGUUGGUAAUGGUAGUGGUAGCGGCGGUGCUGGUAGUGGUAGCAGUGGUGACGGUGGUGGCGGUGAUGGUGGCGAUGUUAGUGGUGGUUUUCAUGUCGGCGGAGGUGGUGGCGAGUGA